AAUGUUUCUGCCUCCACUCACAGUUGUUUAAUGAUUUUCGACAGAGAAUCGAACACAUUACUUAUCACCACUUUCCAGAGCGUUAGGUAUGCCCAUACUUUAUCUAUACUUUCAACUUGUCUUUAAACACCAUUAAUGGCUACCCAUUAGCAGUACUGUCAUUCUACCAGAAAAUGAAGAUGGGAGUGGAAGGAUUCAUGGUGGUGCUGUUACUACUGUAUUGGGCAAUCUUCAAUGUUGCAGUCGAAUGCCCAAUUAACUUCGACUAUGUUACCCAAAUGUCAUGGAAUGCAUCAUCCUGUCGAUCGAUUCAAUCUACAGAGGAACUGAAGAAUUGUGGAAUGGCGUUGAGAAGCAUGUUGGGUGUAGGCCUCGCGCAAUAUCUGAGAGAUGAAUCGGCAUUCCAACUUCCUGACAAUGCCUCUGCUGCUGACUGCCUGACCAGAUUCCAGCAAAAGCUGACAUUUUUAGGUCUUCGACCUAAUUUGGUUCAGCUCUGUUUCAACGACACAUCUCAGUUUGUCUCGAAUCCGAGCUCGUGUGCCGGAAUACAGACCAAGAAAGACUGGAUUGACAAAGUGGGAACAACUGCAUUGGACACGGUAUGCAAAGGAGAUCUCUCUGCAAUGCCUGCCUGUCAUAUAUGCCAUGACAGCGGAGAAAUCGUUCACAGGCAAUUGCUGGGCAUGAUAAAAGAUGUUACAGAGGAAAUAAGCACCCAAUGCUACUAUUUUGCGUGCCUGUAUGCUAUUGGAGUGAUCAAUGAAUUCGGAUCCAUGAGUAGAAAAUCUGCUGGGUGUAUACUCCGUGUGCCAUUCAUGCACAGAAACCCCACAUCUCACAGGCAAAUCGUCUUAUACGGUUUCAUGGGCACCGCAAUGGGCAGCAUUAUGCUCUGUAGCGUAGGAAUGUGUUAUUAUUUGUGGGUGAAGAUUAAAAACAGAGCCAAGCACAGACAUUGGGUGGAAACGAGCAGAGGGCUUUUGAAGCCCAAUACUGGGGCAGUCUGGUUCAGCUUGGAACAGAUCAUGGCCGCCACAAACAAUUUCAGUGCCACCAAUGUCAUCGGUGAAGGAGGUUUUGGGACAGUGUACAGGGGAACUCUUUCCGACGGUCAACAGAUCGCUGUGAAGAGAAUCAGAAACUGCACUUCCGAAGGCGAUUCGGAGUUCAUAAACGAGGUGGAGAUAAUAAACAGCAUCAGGCACCGUAAUCUGGUUGUUCUCAGAGGUUUCUGUGUUGCUAGCGAUGAUACAGAUGGACGCCAGAGGUUUCUGAUCUAUGACUACCUGGGUAAUGGCAGCCUCGAUGAACAUAUUUUCGAAGAAAGGGGUAAAAACAGGGGAGAUUUGAAUUGGGAGCAGAGGAAGAACAUAGCAAUCGGGACUGCAAAGGGCUUAUGUUAUUUGCAUUUCGGAGUUCAGCCUGCAAUUUAUCACAGAGAUAUUAAGGCCACUAACAUUCUGCUGGAUGAUGAAAUGAACGCCUGUGUGGCGGAUUUUGGGCUUGCGAGGAUUACCACAGAAGGGCAAUCGCACCUCACUACACGAAUUGCAGGUACCCAUGGCUACUUGGCCCCUGAAUAUGCUCUGUAUGGUCAGCUUACAGAUCGAAGUGAUGUGUACAGUUUUGGGGUUGUUCUGUUGGAGAUUAUGAGUGGGAGAAAGGCUCUGGAUACAUCUGUGGAAUCCUCAUCUGAUUAUCUUAUCACAGAUUGGGCUUGGAAGCUUGUGAAGACGGGGAAAACGAUUGAGAUCUUAGAUAAGGUAAUCAGUGAGAAAGGGGCAGGGGAUGUUAUGGAGAGAUUCGUUUUAGUGGGGAUUUUGUGUGCGCAUGUUAUGGUUGCAUUCAGACCGAGCAUGGUGGAGGCUUUGAAGAUGUUGGAGGGAGAAGUCGACAUUCCAGAGAUUCCCGACAGGCCUUUGCCUCUUCUCAAUCAGGGAGCUUUUGACGAUGGAUACUAUGACUCUUCCAUCUUUUCAAAUUCACAGUCUAUGCAAACAUUUAAGUCCUCUGGUUAAAUAGUUGGAAGAAUUUUUGUCAGAUUUGUUUUUAUUUAUUGAAUCAGAUGAUGUUAAAGAAGAAACUUUUCCAGGUUUUCUAAUGGAUUGUAUAAUAAAAAUAAUAAUUUUUUAGAA